GCACAUUGCCAAUCAUCCUUUCCCCUGUAUAGGAAACACCAUCAUUGCUCCCAACAAUCUUUUUCGACCUUAGAAAUCUAAGAUAUUCUCUCCCUUCCAUUUUGCCUUUUCCUUUCAAUUUCUUCUUCAUCAUCAUCAUGAAUUCAUCAUCUCCAGUUAUAUAAACCCUUUUCUUCUCUACAAACCCCAUUUUUCCAAUGGAUCCAUCUUCAACAAGCUCCGUCAAUGGAUUCUACACUUUCCUCACCCGUGGCUUAGAUGAUCUCGAACGAGUUUAUCUCUCUAAUAACUUCAUGUCAAUCCAAUUCCUUCAAAGGGUCCUUUCCCUUCUCAGAUCUUUCCAUUCCCAGCUACUUAUACUUGUUCAAAAACUUCAUCUCCCCGCUGGUGAUAAGUGGCUUGAUGAAUUCAUGGAUGAAAGUUCCAAGCUUUGGGAAGCUUGUCAUGUUCUUAAAACAGGGCUUUCCAGGAUGGAAACUUAUUACUCUUCUGGUUUCAACAUAAUUUCUUCUCUUGAUCAUAGACAUCUUAAUCCCCAGCUUUCCAUACAGGUUAUCAGGGCGAUUUCGAGGUGCAGGAGAGAAGCUAUGGGACUGGAGGAAGAAAACAGGGCGUUCAUGGAAACGAGAAUCCAACCACUCUCGUUGAAGUUGGAGGAGAAAGUUUCGAUGGAAUCGAAGCUGAAUGGGUUCAAUGGUUUCAGAGGAGUUCUAUACGCAAUGAGGAAUGUGAGCUCAUUGCUUCUGAUGAUGUUGCUCUACGGGUUGGUCCAUUGUUGGCAAGAGUCGAGCUUUUCAAGAGGCGGAAGCGAAGGGCGUUUGUUUUUCGGAUCGAGUUUGAUGAUAUCGACGGCGAGGUUUCAGCAGAGGGUGGCGGGUGAGAUAAACCAGAUGAAGGGGAAAGGUGGUAGGAUAUUGAUGUAUGAGUAUAGAAGAUCAAAGAUGGCAAUGGAGGAGGUGAGAGGGGAACUGGAGAGGAGAAUUGGUGAUGGCCAAGUGGUGGUGGAGUGGGAAACAGAGGUGGGGUUGAGGGAGAAAGUUGAGAACUUGAAAGGGUGUUUUGGGGUAUUGAGAUCUGGGGUUGACAAUAUUGUAGCCCAACUUGAUGAUUUCUUUGAUGAGAUCGUUGAAGGGAGGAAGACGCUUUUGGACUUUUGCAGUAACAGAUAGAUGGGGUAUAUAUAUAUAUAUAUAUAUAUAUAUAUUAAAUUAAAAUUCAUAUGUCGAAGGAAUUAGUUGUUGGCUGGGGGUGUAUUUUUUUAAAAAAAAUUACUUUCAU